AUGUCGCUCCAGAAGUUCGUCCUCUAUAACAACAAGUUCUGCCCCUUCGCCGCCCGUGCAGUCCUUGCCCUCGCCGAGACAAAGCACCCCUAUGAGAACAUAGAGAUUGACAUCUCGGCCCCCCGCCCCGACUGGUACCUCAAGGACAUCAACCCGUAUGGCCAAGUCCCCGCCUUGAAGGUUGACGACAAAGACAUCAUCCUCGAGUCUCUCUUUGUCGCCGAGUACAUCGCCGAUCUCCACCCCGAGUCUGGACUCUUGCCCAAAGACGCAUUGCAGCGUGCCCAAACCCGCUAUCUGAUCCACCACUGGGGCGCACACACCCAACCCGCCUUCCACAAGGCUGCCUUCACCCUCGACCCCACCGAUGCUCAACAACGUCACCAAGCCUUCAUCGACCAACUCGAAAAAAUUGACCACCUCCUCCGUUCCGCCCACAAGACUUCUCAGCCCGGUCUCAAUGGCGACGGACCCUUCUUCUUGGGUAGUCAGUUCACAUUCGCAGAUUUGGCUUUGGCGAGCUUUUUGACGAGGGUGCCCUUGGUGGAGGUUUUCCAGAAGGAUAUUGGUGGGGGUUUUGUGUUCCCCAAGGAGAACCUCAAGUUGACGAGGUUCUUGGAAUGGUCGGAUGCGGUUGUGAAGCGUGAGACGGUUGUCAAAUCUUUGCCUAGCACUGAGGAUCUCAUCCCCUUCCACAAGAAGUGGCUCAAGUAA